UUACCCAAUCCAGCAGUCGGCGAUCGAGAUCGCUGGGAGACGCAUCUCAGCGACUGACCAUGCGAGUAACUGCUUGUAGAGCAGUUAGCGUGCUCACCCUGCUGCUCUUCGCCGCCGGCUUCAUCACGCUCGCCAUCCUCACACCGAGAAUCAUCCACAAAAUCGCCCUCACGGAAAUUCCCGUGACAUAUGGCAGCGACUCGGCGAGCAUGUACAGACGGUUGCCGGUGAACAUCACUCAGAGGAUCUUCAUGUUCAACCUCACGAAUAGAGAUGAGUUCCUGAAAGGUGCUACACCAGUUCUCCAAGAGCUCGGACCAUAUACGUUCAUAUCCGUGUGGCAGAAGGACAUGGUCUGGGACGGCAGCCUGAUAAGGUUCAAUGAGUCGAGAACUUUCUUCUUCGCCCCCGAACUAUCGAAUGGAUCACUUUCUGAUGAGAUAAUUCAUGCCGACCUGGUUUACUUGACCGCUGUCCGGCUAGUCGAGUCACUGAAACAGCCGUGGAAAUUGAUAGCGGAAGGAAUCCUCGAGUUCAAGAAAGUCCUGAAUCGUCACACUGUUGGAGAGCUUCUCUACGACGGGUACGUGGAUGAGAUCGCAAAGUACGCAAAAUACUUCAUCAAGGGUCUCCCCGUGAUCGAUGGGAAAGUAGGCUUUCUCCUCGGCCAGAAUGGAUCUUUCGCCGGCGAGUUCUCUGUCUUCAACGGGAUGAAUGGCACCCUGGACAAACUGAAUGAGAUCACUUCCUACGAGAACUCUCCAACUGUCCCUUACUAUGGAGACGAUUGUAAUUCGCUCUACGGAACGAACGGAGAGCUGUACGCUCCCUUCAUGGACUUACCGGAGAAAACGAUCUCCAUCUUCGAUACGCAGUUGUGCAGGCCAUGGAAUCUCUACCUGAACUCUACGAGUGAGUACGACGGAAUCAUGGAGGCCAAUUACAAUUCUGGCAGCGAUCUGUUCACCGCAACUGGCAAUGCGACCAUCGACGCCUGCUACGAGAAGCGUUCCAGUCACAUGAGGGGAACAUUCGAUGCAUCGACUUGUCACUUCGAUCAGGACAUAGUUUUGAGCCUCCCGCACUUCCUGAAAGGGGAUGAGCGGCUCUUCGAUAAUGUCAAGGGUUUAGCGCCCGAUCCUGCAAAACACGAUUUCGGAAUCAGCGUAUCGGAGCUUGGCGUCGUGACGAACUUAAAAAUCCGAGUUCAGAUCAACACCUUCCUCUCCUCGGAUCCGAUGCUGAAAAAGAAAUUCGUGUAUCCGAUGUUCUGGCAAGAAUUCGUUCUGGAAGACGAGGACCGAGCGACGCUAAUGGGCAAGCUUUGGGAGAAAGCAGUUCGCCCAAAGCUUUUGCUUCGAGGAGUCGCCCUCGGAGUGGGCGCUGCAUUCUUGAUCGCUCUCGUCUCUCUCCUCGUCGUUUUCCUCGUCAGAGACUCGAAAACAGACGACUCGGCGCCAUUGAUCCCUAAUCAGGAGCAACCUUUAGGCGAAGACGAAGUAGAUGUCGAGCCGGAAGACUCGGACACAGGCCCCGACCCCGAAAAGUAGCCGAGGCAUCUUUCCUCAAAUGGCCCGACCUUUGGUUCGAAUGAACAUCGGGUUUGCUCCCUGGAACGUUCUUUGUUGGAUACCUUCUAGGGUCUUUAGGCCUCAGACUGGCUUCGAUAUGAUCAUUGCGAGGAGAAAAUUCCGUGGUUCAGGAGGAAAUCGGGUCUCUGAACCACGUUGGACGGACUUUUCUCUGUCCCCUCGAGGAGCGCAGUGUGUUUUUUUGUGAAAGAAGACGAGGCGUUCAGCCGUGUGAACGAUGAUGA